AUGAGCUCAAUCAAAGAAGAUGCCUCCCAUGUUUCGAAUGGAGAGGAAGGCGACCUGAAAAGGCUCGACACGGCGCACGGCGAUGAAGCGAUCAAGGUCCUUGCAGCUUAUGAUGGUGAUCAAACCUGGACGCCAGAAGAGGAGAACAAGUUACGCAAAAAGAUUGAUAUGAAGCUGCUUCCCGUCCUAUGUAUUACCUAUGCGUUUCUCUACGCUGACAAGGUCCUGCUUGGACAAGCGGCUCUAUUUGGGAUCAAAGAUGAUCUUCAUUUAAACAGCGGAAAUCGAUUCUCCAUGGCUUCUUCCAUCUUCUACCUUGGGUUCAUCUUGGGAGCUUAUCCAGUCACCGUCCUGGCUCAGAGGUUUCCCAUUGAACGAGUGGCUUCGCUGGCCAUCAUAGUUUGGGGAACAACUUUGAUUGUCACGCCUGCUUGUACGAACUUCCGAGGAUUAUACGCGCAACGAUUCUUUCUUGGCUUCACCGAGGCUGGUAUCAGUCCAAUUUUCAUGAUGAUCGUUGGUGGAUGGUACAAGAAGGAUGAACAAUCUCUGCGGAUGGGUGCCUGGUACUCGUGCACAGGUUAUGUCUCCAUUUUCUCGCCUCUUGUCAACUACGCACUUGGACACCUGGGAGGAGCCUUUUCCCCUUGGUUCUAUAUGUACUUUCUCGCUGGUGGUCUCACUAUACUCUGUGGUGUUCUGAUUUACUUCGUCCUCCCCUCCGAUCCCAUCCGAGCGAAAGGCUUCAACGACAGAGAGCGCUUCAUUGCAGUAUCUCGCAUGAGAACAAACAACUCAGGAGUCAGGAAUACCCAUUUCAAAGGUUCACAGGCCAUUGAGCUCCUGACCGAUAUCAAAUUCUGGCUGAUCUUCUUCUACGCUCUAUGUGGUAUGUUCGCCAACGCGCCUAUUUCGACCUUCCAGGCUAUCAUUAUUGAUGGCUUUGGCUUUAACCCACUCAACUCCUUGCUUCUUAUGAUACCCUCGGGUGUUUAUGCCGGUACCAUGAUGUUGAUCACAACCUAUCUGGCUUACAAAUUCCCUGGCUGGCGCGCAUACCUCGUCAUCAUGUCCCAAUUGGUUACUAUGACUGCUGCUAUCAUGCUCUGGCUUUUGCCUCGGUCGGAACUAGGAGCGCUCCUUUUUGCCUGCUAUAUUCUCACGACGACCGGCGCUGGGUAUGCAGUGACAAUGGGCCUUUUCCUUGCGAACAACGCUGGCUAUACCAAGCGAUCGCUCGCUUCUUCCGGGCUAUACAUUGGAUACUCACUCGGCAAUUUUGCAGGACCACAGGUCUUCCGACACGAAGAUUCACCUCAUUAUAAUCUGGGAUUCAUCGUGGUAGUUAUAACCGCAAUAAUUGCUGGUCUGCUUGUGUUGAUUUAUCGCAUCAUUUGCUCGAUGGAGAACCGCCGCCGUGACAAGAUGGGAACCAUGGAAGGCUUUGAACAUGCCUAUGAGGAUGACCUGACCGAUAAUAUGAAUAUGCAAUUCCGGUAUUCAUUGUAA